AGAAAGCGAGAGUCGCCGCCCGGCCGGCUGUUGAUGGAGGUGGCGGGGUUCGUGCGGCGCCGGCAGUGAGCGGCGGAGCGGCGGGACCUCAGCGGGCUCGCCAUGGAGGAGAUAUUUCUUGAGCACCCGUUAUGUGUAAAAGGAAAAGUGCUGGGGAUCAGAGCUGAAUAUGACCCUAUCCAGUUAGGUACAUACCUGACACCCAGCCACCCAAGCAGAGUGUGAAGGAGGGGUGCGAGAAGCCUCAGGGGGCGCGGAUGGUGGACAAGGCUGGCUGGAUCAAGAAGAACAGCGGGGGCCUCCUGGGGCUCUGGAAAGACCGUUAUCUGCUCCUCUGUCAAGCCCAGCUGCUGGUCUACGAGAACGAGGAUGAGCAGAAGUGUGUGGAGACAGUGGAGCUGGGCAGCUAUGAGAAGUGCCAGGACCUUCGUGCCCUUCUCAAGCGAAAACACCGUUUUAUCCUGCUGCGAUCCCCAGGGAACAAGGUCAGUGACAUCAAAUUCCAAGCAACCAGCUGGGAGGAGAAGGAAUCCUGGAUCAAAGCUCUCAACGAAGGGAUCAACAGAGGCAAGAACAAGGCUUUCGAUGAGGUAAAGGUAGACAAGAGCUGUGUCCUGGAGCACAUGACACGGGACCGGGUGCGUGGGGGCCAGCGGCGCCGGCCACCUACCAGAGUCCACCUAAAGGAGGUAGCCGAUGCAGCUUCUGAUGGGCUCUCGCGCCUGGACCUUGAUGUUCCAGACAGCGGGCCGCCGGGGUUUGCCCCCAGCAAUAAUGUCAGUGCAGCCCAGCCCCGGGAAAUAGUCCGGCCCCCUAUGCCUCCCACCAAGCCUUCCCCAGUAUCCGAGACGACCAGCCUUGGUGACAGAGCAGAGACCCCUUCAGGGGAGAGAGCCCCAACCCCUAUCUCAGCAAGCUCCGAGGCCCACCCCGAGAGCCAGGAGGACUCAGAGACUCCACAGCAGGAGGACGGUGGCUCUGAGCAGCCCCCCAGCAGGGUCCCGCCCAACACCCUGAAGGUGAGCUGGGAGAACUCCAGCCCCGAGAAGUCCUCUGACACCGAGAGCACAGAAGCCCUCCAGGUGCCCUGUGCUGAGACGCCUGAGGCUGUGCCCAAUGAGGGCAGGAGGCCUCCUACACCCCCACCCAAGAUCUUAUCGGAGAAACUGAGAGCCUCCAUGGGUGGAGUGGAGGCUUCGGGGCCAGCCCAGAGUGCUGGGGCCUCUGAGACCCCUGCCCCAGGCCCAGCGCAGGUCUCAGUGAAUGGCAUGGAUGACAGUCCUGAGCCUGAAGAGCCACUCCAGGCCUCAGGAACCCCAGGAACUCCCCCAAAGGGUGCCACAACGCCCACAGCACUGCCCCCCUGGGACCUGCCACAUCAGUGCCAUCCCCGCUGCUCCUCCCUGGGGGACCUGCUUGGGGAAGGCCCCCAGCAUCCACGGCAGCCUGUGGAGCGGCUGUAUCGUGCCCAUCUGGAGGUGCAGGUGGCCUCAGAACAGAUGGAGAAACUGUUGAACAAGGUGCUGAGUAGUGAGCCUUCUCCUGUGAGUGCCGAGACAUUGCUCAGCCAGGCUGUGGAGCAGCUGAGGCACACCACCCAGGCCCUGCAGGAAGUCAGAGAUCUGGGAGACAUGAGGCCAGAGGCACCUGGGCUACAGGAGAAGCGGAAAGAACUGGUGACCAUCUACAGGAGAAGUGCACCCUAGGACUGCUGGACCACAACCCGGUCCCUGCUGGCUGGCCUGGUCUGUCAAAGCCCAGCCCUACCAACACAUGUGCUUCUGCUCAGGCUGUAGAAGAGCCAUCAGUGUGUCGGGUUUGGCCAGGACCUGCAGAGACUCGUGGUAUCCUUCCGGCCCUGCCUCAGUCCUGAGGUGCCACGUGCUACCCAGGGCUACUGUCUGGCCGUCUGGGCUGGCCUCUGGGUUUGGGCUGCGAGCAUACAUGGUUGCUUGUGUGGUUCUGAAUCUGCUCCAGAGCUUUGGCAAAGCUCGUGGGGCUUCUGGGGGUGGCCUCCUCUCUGCUUCACACCCCCAGUAGUUUACAUUCCUGACUUCUGAAGAGAGCACAGCUGAGCCCCCCUAUUCCCCGCCGCCCCACCGCGGGCCCCGCCCACAGCCUCCAUGUCCAGAUAUUCCCAGGUAGAGUGCCUCACGGCAGAGGCAGCUUCAAGCCAUAACUAACCCUCUCCACCCACCUAGUCCUAGUAGCUGCCGAGGACUUGGAGCCAGGCUACAGGUUCAUCCCUCAGCUGAGUGAGACCUGCAACCCAGUGAGGGCCUCCGAGGGCGGUGGAGGCGGCUGUGUAAGAAAACCAUUUCCUGUGCAGCCUGUCUCCUAUUCUGUAGGCCUUCCCCUUGGGUGAGCUGUGAGCAGAGGACUCCAGGGUGGAGGAGGAACUCGAAGGGUCUCUUGGUCUAGUCCUUGCCCCUGGUGUGUGUCCAGCCUUGCACAUUCCUGUAGAUGUGAACCCCAGAAUGGCCCUGAUGUGAGCAUCAGAGAAUUCUGUAUGUCAUUCAUUAUAUAUCAACCUUCAGAAGAGGAGCCACACCAACGUCUGUGCCUCCCCCGAUGGGAUUUAUAUCUGGGUCUCUGUGAUUCCUCCUCAACCCAAAGAGGUCCAAUAUUCCAGUCAUUUCUUCAAAUGCUAAUGGGGGUAUGUUGGUGCCUGAAACCACUUCCCUCUUCCCUGUUCACCCCUCUCCUCUAGCUCAGGCCCCAGAUGGACUGCUCCUCCUGACCUUGUAGGGGACCCUGGUCCACACCCGCACCCUGGGCCUCUCCUCACACGCUCCUGCCCCCCAACAUCCCUGGCUUGGGGAGUACAUCCAGGUGCCAUCCUGUUGCAGUGGCUGGACGGUGGGCUCUGCCUCAGUCCCUGAGUGGCGCCGCCAGUCUCCCUGGGGUCUGUGGGGGUGGGAACCGCUUCUGAAGGCCUGCUGGGGGGUUUCUACAUGUGCACUUUUGUUUACUGAAAGAAAGGAGAGAGGGGAUCUCUGCUGGCCACUCUGGCCUUUCCACCACCCUGCCCUCAACCACCAGUUAUGCCCACUGAGGCCUGCCGGCUCGGGUCGAUGCUUUCUUCACAGCUACUUUGUUCUUGAGGGUGGUGGCUGGGGAUCAGGAGGGGCAGGUGUCCACGCUGUGGCUGUACUAGUUAGUUAGGGGUGGGGGUGCGCAGCAGUGUCAUGGCUUAGGUGCCCCCCUUGGCCUCCCCAAGCCUCCCUCCUUGGACAGUAGGCUCCCAUGUGACAGUCUGCCUGUCCUUCCAUCUGUUUCCAGUAUGAGAGCAAGAAUGCCGUCAGGUACCCACAGUCACGUGGCCCCCUGCCAUUUGGGGAACAACUUCCCCCACCAGCACCCUGGGCUGCCUGGGGCUUUAGCUAAGUCACCUGCUUCCACGACUAGAGCCUCCCUUUUCUCUGAGAAGUGAGCAGGCUGAGCAAGUAGCUCUGGGGCCACCUCAGUGGCCUAAGGCCAUUGGUUCCUGCGGGUCCCAUGCCUGGCAGCCCGGGCCCCAGGGGGAAGCCAGCUUUGAGGGGAGGGGAGGAGGAGUGGGAAUUCGCAGGGGCUGCCUUGCCUCCCUCCUCGAGGAGGAUGGCAUUCCAUGUCUUCUGCUUGUGAAGCACCUUUCUUAAAGUUUGUCAAUAAAUCCCUUUUUAUGGAACUUCUCUGCUGCAAGCCUGUUUGUCGGUGUGGGGUCAGCUCCAGGGCUGGCCUCCCGGACACCGAGGGUAGGCUGCAGCUGAACGGUGGCACCGUCGGUCCUCCACGCUGUCUUCUAGGGCCCUCUCCCCGCGGGCUGGGCUGGGGGCAUUGCCCUCCGGCAGUGCUCCGUCUGGGCUAAACACAGCCAGGCCCUCCAGAUUCACCCCCUCCUGCCCCCGUUUUUACAGGCUGGGGGCUAAGCAUUGUAAGGAAUGAUGCUUUCCCAUUUUUAAAGACUUUAUUUGGAAAUGAUUUCGAACAUAAGAGAAAAGUUGUAAGAAUAGUGUAGUGGAAAGAACACCUGUAUACUUUUUACCCAGACUGACCCAUUGGUUUAUCUUUUUGAGCACUUUGUCUUUAACAUACACUUUUUUUUUUCUGAAUCAUUGGAGAGUUGGUUAACACGGCCCCUUACCCCUAAAUAUUUCAUGUGUAUUCCUAAAAAUAACUAUAUUCUCUCAUGUAACCAUAGUACAGUUUUCAACUUCCAGAAAUUUAACACUGAUACAAUUCUUACUGUUCAUAUUUCACUGUUGUCAUUUGACCCAGUAAUACACCCUUUAUUAUAUUUUUCCUCCAGUGUAGGGUGGGAUAUUGCAUAUAUGUCUGUUUAGCUCCCAUUCAUCUGAAAUGUUUCCACAGCCUUUCUUUAUCUUGCACGAUAUGGACAGUUUUGAAGAAUACUGUCCUCUCUCCCAGCCUUUUUUAAUAGACCUUUCCUCACUUGGAGUUUGCCUGAGGCGUCCUCACAAUUAGACAGAGGUUAUGGAUUCUUGGCCGGAUAACUGCACAGUUGCUACUAGGGCCUUCUCAGGGCAUCACACCUGGGACACAUGACCUCCAUCCACCCCUCAUUGGUGAUGUUAAUUUUGGUCACCUGGUCAAGGUGUCUGGUGUUUUUUCCUGUAUAGUUAUGAUUUUUUUUCCUCUUGUAACUAAUAAAAUAUCUGGAAGACAUUUUAAGACCAUGCACAAAUAUGUUGCACUCGUCAAAAUUUACCCCUAGAUCUAAGAUCCAUUGAUGAUUCUUGCCUGAACAGGUGUUUCCUAUGAUGGUUCAAAAUGAUUCCAGCUAUUAUUUUAAUCUCAGAGCCUAGUCCUGGUUAGGGGUGAGCCUAGGCCCUGCUUUAUGCCCACGGAACCCCAGUACAUUUCAGCAGGACCCCAGGGCUACACUGAGCGCUCUUUGGAAGCCCUUGGGCCAGUGGACAGAGCUCUAAAUCAAGCUGCCAAGAUUGGAGUUCCCCCGGGGGACCUUGGUGAGUGUCAGCCGCAGGAUGCCCCACUUUCCUCACCCAUGAAAGGGUGAUCACAGUGCCUCACCCUCCCUGCUGUCCUGAUGUGGGAAAGCACUGCUGUCUCCCCAGAGGCCGGCUCCCUUCCUUCUCUGUGAGGGCUGCUGAACAGGCCCAGUGGCCACAUAACAGGAAGCACCUGAUCCGGGGCCUGUUGACUGUGGCUCUGACCCUCAUGUCCCUCCUGAAUUCCCCUGCCAAUGGGCUCAUGUGACAGCCAUACUGAGUGAGUGGCCGACAGAAGCUGGGGGAUCCCAGGCAAAUCACUUCACCUUCACAGGCCCUUUAUCUGUGAGGAAGAACCAAGGUAAGGGAAAGGAGCCCCUUUAUUGAUGGGGGCAUCCCCCCACCCUGGCCCAGGUAUGAGUUUCCUCUGGAGGGCCCCCUUGAAGGGAGCAGCAGCAGGGAAGGUGUUAGUGGCUCCUGAAGAAAGAUGUGAGAACUUCCUUUCCCUCUGGUCCCAGGGGCUUGAGACCUCUUCAGAGAAGAGCCUUCUUUUGAAUACUGGUGGCUGUAUCUUAGGGGCAUGAAGUUCUAGGUAGUUACAAUGCAGGGUUUUGCAAACCACCAGGUGGCUGGCUGCCUUGGGGACCCAGCACAGAAGGGGACGUACUGCUGGGGGAGGUGGCACCCACCUACCUGAACCUGGGCCCUGGAAGUUUCCUGGAGCCACUAUGUUUUGUGCCCUCAUCCAAGUCCUGUAUUCCUGCCUCCAUGACCUGUUAUGUCCCUGAUGUGAGACAGGAUGUGAGACAUGAGACAAGGCUGUCAGAAAAGGCCACAUAAACUCACUUUAGUGAAGGUUUUUGUGAUGUUAUGAAGAGACUCUGGGCAGACAUGGAGGGUGGAGAGGUUGUGGUGGAAAUUGCUCCCUGCUGUCAUAAUUUUAUUAAAGGAACAAAAUUCCUGGAAGUAAUACCAGGAAAUAAGUAGAAAAAACAUAUGACUUUAGAUUUGGAGGCAGACACAUCUAGAUUCAAAUCCCAGCCAUGAAUGAAUGACCUUAGGCAAACUAUGCCUCAAGUUUUCCUGUUUGUAAAAUGGGCUAAUUCUCCCUUUACAGGGUUGCUGUUGGAACACUUAGCCCAUGGCCUCCCUCAGAGAAAAUGUUUAAUGCAUGCCAGCAGCCUGACCUCACAGGGCACCUGGAUUGGUCUCCCACUGUCACCACAGGGGCCUCACGAGGAAGAUAUAUUUGUGUCCACUCCAUUUACAGGUUACGAAGAUGAGGCUUAAGAUAACUUGCCUCAGAGACCAGAAGUUAGUGUCAGGAUCUGGGAUUGGACCCCUUGGGGUCCUGACCUGGGAAAAAGGCCAAGUCAUCUUUUUCUCCGAAGAGGCUGUGACUUCAGAUAGAUGCUCAGCCCAGGACACUUGUGGCUGACUUGGGGUUUGGUGCAUCCCCACCUUUCCUGGUGCCUGGAGGGACACCCUGAGGCCAGCCAGGCUCUCCACCAGCCAGCCAGGGCCCCAGGGAGAGGCUUGGGAGGCCCUUCCCUUAUAAGGCAACAACUGGGCUGUGAUCAAACUUCUCGGCCUCCCAGCUGGGUGGGCGGGGGAAGGGAAAUGACAGGCUCCCACUGCUGCAGCCGAGAGCUUGAGCCUCUGCAGGAACUCGCCCGUAAGCCUCCCCUUUCCCUUUCCUGUGUCCGGGCUGAGCGGGGCUUUCCAGAGGGUCAACCUGGCUGUAGUGGGAAAGAGGAGCCGGGGCCUGUGAGGCCAGACUGGAUGGCUCACGGAGGGGAAGUCGUGGGUGCCCUGAGGCCAAGAGAGGGAACACGACCCUUGUAGGGAAGCAUGCAGUCUGGACCCCAAGCUGUAGGCCUAACUAGCCCCAGCCCCACCCUCAGGUGGUCAGGACCCAGGAGAGGCGUGCGGAGGACGCUCUUGGACAAGCCUGCUCUUUCCCUUUGGACCUCUCCUGCCAAGUUGUAAAGGGGAGGGGGCUGCCGAGCACGACCCUAUGCUCCUCCUCCCAUGGCUGUGUCCCUAGUGUACUGCCCUCCCCAACAAAAUUUGCAGCCCACGUCCAUCUGAGAAACUAAUCAGAAUCACAGGAUAUCAGGACUGACAAUGAUCUGUGACAUCACUCCUUCCCUCCUGGUUUCAGGGAGGAGGAAGUAACACCUCAGAGGGAGGAGCUGAACUUGCCCAUCUGUUUUGUUUAAAAAAAAAAGAUGAUGUGUGUGUGUGUGUGUGUGUGCUUUUCCUUGGUUUCUACUAAAAGUUCCUUUUUAAGAAAUCCCAACUUACUCGCUGAAUAAAGGACAAGAGGCUUUUUCCA